GGAACGAGGAUGAGGUGAGGAAGACCAACACCGGGAUGAUUAAGAAGCUCAGGAACGUGGAGCAGGCAGCGGACGCGGCCCGUCUUGGGGACCAGUCAGUGGGGAGGCUGCUGGUGAAAAAAGGAGAUUUUUCUUACUCUCGGACUUAGAUCGCCAGCUUCCCCGGCUGGAGGCGCCCACUGUAUCCUCAACGUUGGGUUCGUCUUCUGCGGUAAGCGCCGGGAGGAGGGCAGAAGGCGGCGGCGAGGAGGCUGCGGAAGUCUCUGGGGACCCGCCCGGGCCUCGCGAUGUCCCAGGACCUGGAACCCAGGCGAGGACCUGCACGGGCGGUGAUCCCACUGACGUCUCUGCGAAGACACGCGGCCCGCGCAGCCCAGGGGUAAAGGAGCGGGCGGGGCUGCACUGAGCCGCCGCUGUGGAGCGUCAGACCCGAGGCGCGGGGCUCCCAAUCCGCAGGAGCGAGAGCGCGGCGCCGGGCGGAUCCGGCUUUAAAGUUUCUGCCCACGACCGGGGCCUCCCGGGCUCCGGAGCUCCGUACCCAUGGCGACUACGGUGGGCGCUGCGCUGGUUCUCGCCGUCCUGGCUCAGCUCCCGCCUUACUUUCUUUGGGCGGCGCCGGCCGAUAUCCAUUCUCUUUGCCUCAACUUCACUGUCAAAUCUCAGUCCAGACCUGGAAAGCCCUGGUGUGAAGUGCAGGGCUCAGUAGAUGAAACAUCUUUCCUUCAGUAUGACAGUGAGAGCAACAAGAUCAAACCUUUGGGUCACUUGGGAAAGGAGGUGAAUACCACCAAAACAUGGACAGAGUUGACCCAAAUGCUGAAAGAAGUGGGACAAGAUCUCAGGAUGAUCCUGCUUGACAUGGACCUGGAAAAAAACAAGACCAGGAGUCAUCCCACCUUGCAGGCCAAGAUGUUUUGCCAGCUCAAAGGAAAAAAUCAUCUUGGUUCUUUCUGGAAUUUCAGCAUUGAUGGACAGCCAUCUCUCUACUUUAAUGUGAUGAACAUGAAGUGGAUAGUGAUUAAUCCUAGAGCCAGAGGGCUCAAGGAGAAGUGGGAGAAUGACAAAGAACUGGUAAACUAUUUCAGAAAGAUCUCCAUGGGAGAUUGCCAUCACUGGCUCACAGAAUUCUUAGAGCACUGGAAGGAAAUGCCAGCAUCAACAUCAACAGUACCAGUUACCAACCAGUCUCCACGUACCCCUUCUAUUUCAGUGAUAAGCUCAUUGUUCAUCAUUGGCCUAAUCAUGAUUAUCCUAUAGGAAAAGAACCAACACCAUGGAAGAAGCCGUUCCGUUACCUACUAUUUCUUCUGUGGACCAUGAGAAGGCAACAUCAUCAGACCAAACCUUGAUGGCAAGAAGCGAACUUUGAUGACAGUCUUGCUACCAGUCUUUACUCUGCCAACAACCUUUCCUCCAUGUUGGGUGGAAUUGGAGAGGCUGUGGACAUUUUCCUUAUUUAUAGAGGAAGAUUAAUUAGAGGGAUAUUUAUUUUGGUUUAAUAAGGUUUACUUAAGUGUUCACACUUAUUUUUGUAUACAAAUUUUACUGAUAUGCAUAAACCACAAAUCAACUGUGCUAACUCACUUGAUGUCAUGACACAAAGGAUUAAGGCCACAGAGUGAAGUGACAUGUGAAUAUAUUAACAUGUCCUUGUGAUACCUGGUACAGUAGAAAGGAUAAAGUGUGAUAUGUUUGUAGCCGGAACAGUCAUCCUGUAGAAAACAUGCAUGACUCCCAUAGAUAGGAUCUAUGACUAUCUUAGAUUCAAUUUUCAUAAAUAGGAGGAAAACAGCAGACACAAAAAAUAGAUACUUUAUGAUGCAAUUUAUGUACAUUUUUAAAACCAAUAAAACUAAUCUUCAGUAAUAGAAGUCAAGGGGCUGGGGUUGUAGCUCAGUGGUACAGCACUUGCCUACCUCAUGUGAGGCGAUGGGUUCAAUCCUCAGCACCACAUAAUAAUAAGUAAAUAAAAUAAAGGUAUUGUGUCCAUCUACAAC